UUCGCAUACUUAUAUAUAAAAAGUGUGAUGGUCGCGCGCACCACAAGCUGUCGGCCCGCGGCGCAACAUGCACGCCUCCCUCACGCUCGUCCUCGCGCUAACCGCGCACGCACUCGCCGCGCCGCCCCGCGAACGCGCCGGCUUCCAGAGGGAAAUUGAUGGCACCAGGUACAACCAGGUGCCUAAGAUUUUUGACUACGUACUCAGUGAAGAUUAUCUCAACUCUCUUAGAAGUAAAGGGAAACUGGUGACGAAACUAAGACCGGAAGAAGCCCUGGCUGCAGACAACGUUAUAUUAGAAUCCAAUGUCGUGAGUAUAGUGAGGCCGUCAAAGCUUAAAGAUAGCGAGGAAGGUGUUGCGUUAGUGCGCCAGCGCCGAGGCUACAACCUGGAGAACGUGCGAGUUCCUGCACGAUACCCCUACUUGCCCGUGCCGCGGUACAACAGGCUUCGCCGUUGGGGCUAGCGGCUUGCAGAUGCGCAUCUCGACCGAGACGCUAUCAAAUGUCAAGGCUGCGGCGGCAUUGCUCAAGAAAGACCCGGUGCAGCGCAGCGCGGCGCGGCGCAUCUCGCGCAUGUGCAUUACAACAAACAGACUGUUUAUGUUAUUUAUUCAAAGUGGCUGUGAUGGGACGCUCGUUUAACGCCAUUAUUUUUGCGGCUUUGAAACAAAGGAAGAGUAGAGUAUCUACAUUAAUAACUUCUUAAGUUUUAGCUUGUUAAUUUUAUUACAUGAUUA